UUCUAUACUAAGAAACCGUGUUUAAUUUAUGUAAUAGUACCCUGGGUGGAGCGUGGAAACUUUUGUGUUCAAGCAUUUUUUUCCCAGCUGGGUUUAGUUGCUGAAGGUCAUCACAAGUGUGCAGAACAACAACACGACAGCUUCUAGUGCCCAGGCAGACUUCUCUCUCCAUGUUGCUCUGGGACCCCCUUCAGUCGCUGUGGACUGCAUGGCAAUCGCAAGGAUGCACAGUGACAUCACUCCUCGUCAUCAUGCUUCUAGCAUGGUCUUCAAGCACCACAGUGGAACAAAAGACCUUGGAUUUAAUGAGGAGAGAGCCUCUUAUUGAUGGACAUAACGACCUUGCACUGCGAUUGCGAGUCAACUACAACAACAGGCUGAGCACCAUUAACUUACUCAACCUCUCAAAAACCCACACUGACAUUGAGAGACUGAAAGCAGGGCAUGUGGGAGCACAGAUGUGGUCAGCCUAUGUGCUGUGCAGCUCUCAGGACAGGGACGCGGUGAGGUUGACUCUGGAGCAGAUUGAUGUGAUCAAACGCAUGUGCAGCAGCUAUGAGGAGCUGGAGCUGGUCACCUCCUCCACAGCUGUCAGGGAAACAAAGAAGAUUGGCUGCCUCAUUGCGAUAGAAGGAGGCCACUCAAUUGAUAGCAGCCUGCCAGCCCUCCGCAUGUUCUAUGACCUGGGUGUUCGCUCUCUUUCUUUAACCCACACGUGCAACACUCCUUGGGCAGAAUCAUCAUCCAACGUUCACAGGGUUUACCAGAAGGAUACCAGCUUGACUGAAUUUGGCAAGGAGGUUGUAAAGGAGAUGAAUCGUCUGGGGAUGAUGAUUGACCUGUCCCAUUCCUCGGUGUCUACAGCCAGAGCCGUGCUCCUCAUCUCCCUGGCGCCUGUUAUCUUCAGCCACUCUUCCGCUUCCGCUGUCUGCAACAGCCCCAGAAAUGUGCCUGAUGACCUGCUGCAGCUGCUGAAAGAGAACGGGGGCAUCGUGAUGGUGAACCUGUACAGCCAGUUUGUGGCCUGUGGGAAGAAAGCCAACAUCGCCACAGUAGCAGAUCAUUUCGACCACAUCAAGAAGAUUGCUGGUCCAGAAUCAGUAGGAAUCGGGGGUGAUUAUGAUGGAGCUAGGGGGUUUCCAGAAGGCCUUGAAGACGUUUCAAAGUACCCUGCUUUAAUCCAAGAGCUUCUGCAAAGGGACUGGACUGAGCAAGAGUUGGCUGGAGUUCUGAGAGGGAACUUCCUUCGUGUGUUUGAACAAGUGGAACGGGUGAGAGAUGAGCUUCAAGCAGAGCCAGCAAGCGAAAAGGAGAUUUCACUGAAAGAAGUAGACAACCCAUGUCGUUUAAGCCUCAGGACAUUACCCCCCAGCUCUGGCUCUCGCGGCUGACAUCACCCUUCUGCUUCUUUACCUCUUCCUUUAUUAUUUGCCAUGUUUUUUCUUAUCGUGUUUUGAUAGAUUAUUCAUGUUGUAAUAUAUUUUUUUGUUUGUUUGCACAAAACCCCACUAAAUUAAGGGUCAUUUCUUUUUGUUUACUUACUGUAUGUCUUAUUGUUGGAAAUGCCUUAGUAUAUUCAUAAAUGUAUUAUUUGUUUGCAAGACAGAAGUCUAUUGCAAAUAUAACAAGGGCUCAUUGGAAGAACGUAUUGGAUUUUAAACAGCCUUCAUCUGUGUCAAUGAGAAGGUUUAGCUUAAAUACCUUUCAAUUGUCCUUGUGUUGCUCCAGUAUUGAGAUGUAUUUAAUACACUUGCUUUGUACUGUAUGUUUUGAGAAAAAAAGACAAUUGUAUAUAGUACUUUAUUGGAAAAAAAAGAGAAUCUGCUUGCUUUUUAUAUUUGGUGCAAUUAAAAAAGUUAGCGCCUA